AUGAGUCGCUACUAUUCCGAUUCGGACAGUGAAUAUAUUAAUCAUCGUCGGCGAUCCAAUAAUGUACGUGGAUCUGGUUGGCAAUCACCAUUGCCAACAUUGACAAAAACUGGUGGCAUCCCUUCAUCAUCGUCUUCCACCUCUAUAAUACCCAUUGUUGUAGAAUCACCGUUUGGUCUAAAAAAAUACGAUUAUUCUAUUGAUACAUCUCAAUAUGGUCGUUUAAUUAUUACUGCAUAUCGUCGACGAAUUCCACCAUCUGAUUAUCGGUCAACAAACAAUAAAAAUCAUAUUGCUAUACAAACAUUUUCAAUUCCAUCUGAUGCUGAUGUUGAUCAUUUACAGUCUCAUAUCGAACGUGAUACAAAUCGUUUAAUUAUUGAAAUUCCUCGUCAGAAGCGUGCACACAUUCGUACACCUCGUGCACCCAAUGUUAACAAUGCAAGUCAUGCGGGUAGUCGUUUGUUACGCUCACCAGAUAUUGAACGUAUGUUAACAUCACCAACAACUGCUCCACAAUUAAUACGCGAUGAUCAAAAAUCUAGUGGAAAAAUUUCUAGUAAUAAUCGAAAACUUGAAUAUCGUAUUGAUUGUCGAGGCUAUACAGCGGAUGAACUUGAAGUAUUUAUUCAGGGAAGAGAUUUAAUUGUACAAGGUAAAACUAAUAGAUUAGCAUCACCAGAUCCCACCCAACAACGUGUAUCAAAAAAAUUCUCACGUAAAAUAACAUUGCCGCGUACAGUUGAUUUAACAAAAGUAGUUUCUUAUUUGGAACAUGGAGAAUUACGUGUUGAAGCCCCAUUGAAACGUGGGGUUUAUUAUAAUGAUGAAGAAAUUAUUAUACCUGGACCGCCACCACAACCAACAGCAUCAUCAUCUUUAACAGCAAAUCUUCCAAAUGCUACAUCAAUGUUAAACUUUGAAAAUCGUGUUCGAUCCCCCUCACCAUACUAUCGUUAUCAUAAUCGACACAAUGAAUGUAUGAGCCGUCGUCGAGAUUAUAAUAGUUCCAAUAGUCGACAAUUAUUAAAUCCAACACGUCGUGUACGUUCAGUUGAAGCUCUUCGCUAUCCUCUUUAUAAGUCACCGCGUGAACUUGAUGAAGACGAUUCUCAAGAACAAGAUAAUCAACGACGACGAACUGUUAACUGUGAACGUCAUAAUGCCACCGAUCGAAAAGAACUAGAUCAACAGUCUAUAUACAGAUCGGUUCAUUCACCAGCAACUACAAGCAUGGGUCAUCAUCGUAACUAUCCGCCGGACGAUGAGAACUAUUUGAAAUUUUGA